UUAUGUUUACGCGGCGAAACUGAAUCGAAGCAAUCAUGAACGAAUAUCUGUGGGAAUUUGCGCAGGCCUUCCCGAGCGAGAACCGGUUCCAGCUGCUCCUAAAGUCGGCGCUUUCAAUGACCGCGUCGGCUGAAGUUGGGAAAACGAACGAAAAGUGGAUGUGUCGAAAGUGCAAGACGCUGUGGAUGCACGGUUGCUUCCAGGUUGACGAGGUGGCUGGUACGGCCAGGUACGACGCGCUGCUCGAGAAGCAUAGCGACGUGGAGCGGCGAAGCAGGGAGCAACGGAAACAUUACGAGUACAUGCAGAGCCGGAAGGCUACGACGGCGAAAUUCACUUGUACAAUCUGCUCGUACAAAACGCGCAUUCCGGUCAAAGGCGGUGAGACUAUUUCAAAACCACUGGUCGAACCCAUCAAAGCUACACCAACCGCUAUUACCCCAAACAUCGGCAACUCCUCCAAGAAGAACCGAAAGCGCAAAAAGGACCCCACAGCUGGCCUGACCAUCGUCGCACCCAAAAAGAAGGGCAACAUAUCGCAGGCGAUUGGCACCGGCAAACCCGCAACGUUCAGCUCGAAACAACCCAGCCAACUUCAGGCACUGGCUGCGGCACUCAAGAAGAAGAAAGCUGGCGAAACGGAAGGACCCGUGGAUCGGUUGAAACUCAUGUUGAAGUGAGACUAUUUUGUUUGUUUUUUUGUUGGAAAGUAGUUUAUUUACUUUACUUUGUAACACUAAAGUGGAUAGAGUCGCUACAGUAAGUUUAUCACUGAUGGUUUUUCUAAAGAGAUUCAAUAGCGGUGUAAAGAUGUAAUAAAGUGUAACGCAAUGUUGUAUGAUGAGUGUUAUAUAGAAUAAAUGAUGUAACGAGUAAGGUAACAAGCAAACAGAGUGUGAG